UAGGCGGGCAAGCCGCCGUCGCUCGGUGAGCUGUGGCUGGCCGUUGUGCUCGGUUAUCAGUCAGUCAGUCAGGAGCUGGCGGAUCGCGGGUUCUGUGAUUUUUGGAACAACUUUGGGAUAAACAAGUGAAACAAAAGAUAAAGACUCCAGACACAGACUAUGUUUUGACACUUUUUUCACAUGGCCUCGAUUUUUGUUUGUGCUGGGAGAAAGUGGAUUGCAGCAUCUACAAUAGUGCAUCCAAAAACAACAGGUGGUGGUCCCUCGUUUAUAAUUUCAAUUUGUAUCUAAUUCUAUCUAUUGCAUAAUAUUCUAUAGCAAUAGAUUUAUUUCAUUACAUUAGCUAUAUAAAAUAUCACGAGUGCCAGGAAGAAAUGCAGUUAAAAAUCCUGAGUUUCUUGUGGCUGUCAAAAAUUAAGAUUGCAGAAUGAUUACUGUGAACAGAAGAGGAAGAAAACGUCAGUUUCUGCACUUAAUUUUUACAUGUUUUUUCUUCUCCCUUGUCCUCCUUUAUUGGGAGCAACUGGAUGCAAAUGUCAUUAGUCAUGUGAAGUCUUAUUCAUACAGAUAUCUCAUCAAUAGAUUCAGUUUUCUGAAUGAUAGCUUGACUUUGAACAAGGAGAUAGCAGUUAGCCUUCAUAGUUACCAGUUCUUGAUAACUCAUGCAAACAAAUGCCAAGAUCAAGAUGUGUUGCUUCUUUUGUUUGUGAAGACAUCUCCUGAAAACCGUCCUCGGCGGGAUGCUAUCCGUAAGACAUGGGGCAAUGAACAUUAUAUAUAUUCGGAGUUCAAAGCCAACAUAAAAGUGCUGUUUGUUUUGGGUGUAUAUAAAGAUCCCUCCCAGCGUGAAGCUAUACAGAGUAGACUACUAGUGGAAGAUUUACAACAUUCAGACCUUAUCCAGCAGGAUUUCUAUGAUGACUUUUAUAAUCUUACGUUGAAACUAAUCUUCCAGUUCAAAUGGGCAAAUAGUUUCUGCCAAAAUGCUAAAUUUGUCAUGUCUUCUGACGAUGAUGUUUUUGUACACACUCCAAAUUUAGUCAAAUACCUCUUACAACUGGAUAAAGGGAUACGUAAUUUCUGGAUUGGUCGAGUACACAGAGGUGCACCCCCUGUAAGGAAUAAAAAAAGCAAAUACUAUGUUUCCUAUGACAUGUACCAGUGGCCUGCUUAUCCUGACUAUACUGCAGGUGCUGCAUAUGUUGUGUCUCAUGACGUGGCAGUGAAGGUUUACGAGGCCUUAAUGACCCUAAACAGCAGUCUUUAUAUUGAUGAUGUUUUUAUGGGUAUAUGUGCCAAAAAAAUGGGAGUAGAACCACAACAACACAUGUAUUUUGCUGGUGAAGGAAAAACCCCUUACCAUCCUUGUAUUUAUAAUCAAAUGAUGACUUCUCACGACCAUGUGAAAGAUAUCUACCGUUUGUGGCAAGAGGCGACAGAUUCAAAAGUGACUUCUCUCACCUCUGGAUUUUGGGGGGAGCUUUACUGUCGGCUGGUCAAAAUGUUUCUUCUCUGCAAACCGUACUAUGUAGAUACAUAUCCUUGCAGUGCUGCAUUUUCUUAAUGCAGUAAUUACAUGAAAAAUUGCACUGAUUUUUUUUUAAACUGUGUAUAGGACACUGGCUGUGAAUAGAUCUCAAAAGAAGCAGUUUUAAUUUUAGACCAAGUUGAUCACUAACUUGCCAGAGUGUUUUUGUCUAUCCAUAGCUUUGAAAAUCAAAUCAAGUAUAAAACAAAGUACCAACAGAUUUUACAAACUAGCAAAGCCCCAGAUUUGAGUACUAAAUGUUGCUACCACAGUGACUGCUAGUAUACUUUCCGAAGGAUUUGUCUAGUUGUGGGAGAAAUGGUGAGCAGUGAACAAAGCUAGGGAUGUUUUAAAGUUAUUGUCUAAAUAUUCCUAACUUAUUCUGCUAUGAAGCAUUUCACCAACUAGCAUGUAAAUUUUAAGUUAUUCAGUAAAUGUUGUGUACAAAACAAUUUCAUCAGAAUAAAACCAGGCUUACUCAUGUUACUUUUUUUUUGAGGCUAGUAAUUUGAUCAAUAACUCUUUCUUAGGAAAGAAAUAUUCAAUGUAC